UUAACAAAAGAGCGUGCAACUUUCUUGAUUCUUUACUUUGUUAGACUUGAAGCACAAUUACUACGAAAGUUUCGUUUUCAUUUCGUUAGAUAUAUUAGACAAAAGAUUAAAAUCGACGUUCUCGAUACAACUUGUAAUAAAUUCGUAACUGAUAAUUGAUGGAGGUGUACACCUUUGAUAAGAGUCUUCAAGAAAGGCUGGUAGAAUUAACAGAAAUUUUAUCCAGUAGAGAUGAAAUUGUACCUGCAUCACAAAUUAAAGCAGAAUGGUCUUAUUACAUAGAACUUGUAAUAGAACCCGUUGGUUGGCAAGCAUUAUGGAGAAUACCACGUUUGGUGUGUGAGAGUUUUCAUAUCCAUUAUCCUACUAUAGUGGUCGUACAAGUUGAGCAAGUUGAUUUUUCUGAUUUAUCUGCAUUAGCAAAAAUUACUGCCGUUCAAGAUGAUAUUCAAUUACUUGACAAGUAUGAUAUACCACUUAUUGAGCUUUACCCAACACAUAUGCAAGAGAAUAAUGCUCUGGAUAUAGUGGGUACUGCAACUUGCAUCGAUCAGUUGAGGUUCUUUUAUAAAUACUUAUGGAUGCCAUGGGAUGUAGAUGAUGAUGAUGAUGUUGAUUGGGUGUCUGUACAUUUAGAAACUAGAAUUAGAUUAUUCUUUGAUAUGAAAAGGAGUGCUAUUACUAAUGAAACUAGUGAUGUUAUUAGAAGUUUGAUAAGAGAGGGAAGAGAGAUUGAACAGAAAAUAUCAAGAUUAGAAGAUACUAUCUCCGAGGAAGAACAAGAAAAGGAUAUAGAUGGAGGAACAGCAUGUCAGUUGAUGACACUUCAUUUUCGGUUGCAACAAAUUAAAAGGGAGAUGGAAGUUCUUGAAAAUCCAACUAUGAGAGAGAUUCUUGCAAAUCAGACCUCGUCUUCAAAAAAUGAUGAAAUAGAAAGCACAGAAAAUAAUGAGAAAUGUAAAGAAGGUUAUUUUGUGUGGCUUGGUGGUACUCUGGAACAAAUGAAGGAAGCUAUAAAUAAAGUUCAAAUAUCUUUACCUACAGAAUUAUUUUUCAAAAUAUCUGGAUCUUUAUUAGAGACUCUAUACACGUGUGAUGCAGGAGAUAUUAUUGUAGUUGGAAAAGGAACUCAUACAAUAAAAAGUGCCGGUAGAUUGGAAGAUGGCGGUACCAUUAAAGGAAUUGAUAGUUCAGAAGAUACUAUUCUUAAUAAGAUAGACAUUGAAACUGCACCAUCAUUGCUUGAUUUUUCUGGCAAUGAAGUUUUGCUAGAAAAUAUCACGGUAGAUGUAGGUGAUCUUAGAGCAGCUGUUGUAGUGAGAGCUGGAACCACAAAAAUAGUCAAUUGUAAAAUAUGUGCCUUAAAUAAGAGUAUGGUGAAACUAGGAAUUGUAGUUUUACCUAAUGCAAAACUAAUAAUAGAAAAUACACUCUUUGACAGUCUUGUGACUGGUUUAGUUAUUUAUAGCAAUGGAGAAGUAUUUAUGAAUAAUUGCAUAUUUACAAAUUGUACAGAGGGUAUACAAAUUUAUGAUAAUGCAAAGUUAAUAGCAAAACAUUGUUCUCUGACACAACUUAAAGAAUAUGCCAUUCGAUUGGAAACGCAAAAAUAUUUAAACGAUACAAGACGUAAAUGCGGUGGUUUUGAAUUACUGGAGAAUGUAUCUGAAAUUUCUCUUUAUGAUUGUAAAUCCGAGGAUAAUGGCAAAGGGGACGUAAUAUUGAAAACAGCUACAUCGUUUGUUUUAAAAAAACAGUAUGAACCCAUGAAUGUGGAGAUUUAAAAAUGUUCUAGUCAGAAAGACUAUCACUUCCAGUCAAACUUUGAAUCAACAAACGAAGAAUAUGGUAGAAACGACUUGUGCGAAGCAAUUGACGGACCGACAGACGCAAUUUGGCAAUGCGCGUAUAUUGGAUUUAUCGGAAUGCAUCUUCGUGUUCAAGGGUUCGCAAUCGGAUUACGAGGAACCAUCAUCGGACGAGGAG